UAGUUUAAUCCGUUGAAUAUUAAAUAAACCCCUCCUUCGUAUAUUCGUAAAUUAAAUUUCGAAACUAAGAAGUCUCGAAAGCAUUCAUUCCUUUGUUCCUCCUUCUCCGAUGGCGUCAAGUUCCCACAGAGGUGGCGCCGCUCCGUACCGAUACAGAGAAGGAUUAACCACGAGAUCAGGAACGAACGCCGAUGAAAUUCAGUUGCGAAUAGAUCCGAUGCAUUCGGACUUGGAUGAUCAUAUUACUGGCCUGCAUAGCCAAGUCAGAAUGCUGAGGAAUGUAGCUCAAGAGAUUGAAUCUGAGGCAAAAUAUCAGAAUGAUGCUAUCACUCAGCUGCAAAUGAUGCUGAUAAAAGCCCAAGCAGGGGUGAAGAACAAUGUGAGAAAGUUAAACAAGAGUAUUAUCCAGCAAGGGUCCAGUCAUGUCAUGCAUGUAGUUCUUUUUGCACUAGUUAUAUUUUUCAUAUUGUACUUAUUGACGAAAAUGUCACAUAGAUGAAUGCUUGCAGCUUCCUAGUACUGGUGCUCGGAAAAUCUUGUUUGUACUUGUUAUCAUGGGGAAAUAAGGAAUUUUUUUCGGUCCCUGUUCUGAUAUAUGUUCAUACACAAUGGACAGUGUAAAGCCGUUUUUUUUUUUUCAAUAGCAGGUCCGAGUCCUUUGUUUUAUCA